AUGCGUUUAUUUCAGAAAGAACAUGUGUUCCACAACGACUGGGACACAAUCACGUCCGCGUUUUGGGUGAAGUACCCCAACGAGCUGCAGCCGCAUGUGCUGCGCGUCGACACUCUCGAUUUGCUGCUGGACACGGAGCAGCAGCAGUUCUCCUGCCGCAGGCUGCUGUCUCUCAAGUACCAGUGCCCCAAAUGGGUGCAGAAGUUCUUCGGCGCUUCGCCUGUGGGCUACGCGUUUGAACAGGCGACUUGUUCUUUGAAGGACAAAAAGUUGACUUUGAAGUCCUGCAACUUCACGUUUGCUUCCUUCUUCCGCGUGGAAGAAACUUGCGAGUAUUUGCCGCACCCCGAAAAUCCGCAGCAAACUCUUUACAGGCAAAAAGCCACCUACAGAGUUUCCGGCUUGGGGCUGCCAGUCAACAGGGCCGUCGAGAACGCUGCUGUUGCGCAGGCAGCAGAAAAGUCGGUGCUGGGAGUGAGCGUGGUGGAGCGGCUGGGCAAGUUCAUAGCAGACCACCAGUGGGCUGAUUGCUGCUGCUGCUGCCUCUCUUCUCUUGAAGAAAAAGCAGCACAAGCUUCGAAGCAAGCUCAAGAAAAGUACCGGCAAAUCCGCAUGCAUGUCGAGCAAAAGCUGCGCGUGGGAGCCAGCAGCAGCAGCAGCAGCAGCAGCAGCAGCAGCAGCGGCGGCGGCGGCGGCGGGGGCGGCAGUGAGGGCCGAGGCAGCCCCACGCAGGGCAAGGCAGCUGCUGAGUUUGCUGCUGCAGAAGACAGCGAGCAGCAGCGCGAAGCAGCAGCAGCAGCAGACACGGAUUUGAAAACAGUUUCGCGUUCCUUUUUUGCUCCGUUUCCUCCUCUUGCUGCUGCUCAUUGGGAAGAAAGGACACAGAAAACUUACGCGCCGGAGCAGCAAACGGAGCGGGCUGCUGCAGCAGCAGCUUCUGCUGCAGCAGCAGAAGCAGCAGGGGCGGGCGCAGCCGCUGCAGCGCGAACUGCAGCAGCAGCAGCAGCAGCAGACAGCCUCGACGCGGAGUGCCCCUGCAGACUCAGCAGCCCCACAGGGAGGCCUCCAAUUCCAACUUCGAAGUGGAGUGAAUUACAAAAAGAAAUAAAAGCAGCAGCAACUGGAGCGCAUGCAUCGGAGGCUUCAGCUGUAUCGACAGCUGCAGCAGCAGGAGGGAGGACUUCUGCUGCCUUCGAGUUCCCCUUCGCCGUCAGAGAGACAGCGGCCGCUGCUGCUCGCUGCCAGCAGCAGCAGCAGCAGCAGCAGCAGCAGCAGCAAAUGGGCUGUGGCGGGGCCGCAGCAACUCAGACGAGACCCCGCGACGGAGGAAGGCAGCAAAUGCUUCUGUCUCCCUUCUUGCUGCUGUCGAGUUUAGGGCCCCCAGCAGCACUCUAG